AUGCAAGCUCCUCCAAAUUACAGCGCAAAAUCCCCCAAAAACCCCAAAAUUAAAGCCCAGACGGACCCCAAAACCCGACAGUCACGUCCCCCAAUACCACCCAAGGCGAUAGAUGCCUUUUUUUCAACCAAAAGCCCAGCCCGGACGAAAACGGAAAACCGGGGCCUACCCCACAUUGUCCCUGCCAAGCCUGGAAGCACUCCUCUGGCAACAGGCGAACGACGGGAGCCCUCUCCAAGCACCACAAGAGGCCUUACCCCACAUGCCAGCGAUGGGUCGCCGCUCGCAAAAGACGGCGGCUGUGGAGCACAGAGACAUCGGAACGAUGUUCCAGAGGCCCAUGCAACCCCAACCCACACCCGCAGAGCCUGCACGGCAGGUCACUGGUACAAGGCCUGA